CUUUAUGAUGGUGUGGAUCAAAGCAUCCGGUUUGUAGCCAACUCGUUGGCUUGAACUAGACGACAGCAAAUAUUCUGAAUAGAAUAGAGAUUCUAUUCAAUCAUAUUCGCCGAUAAAAUGACGAGAUAGUUAUGGCAUGGGAAACGGCCCCGUUGGGUUCGCUCCUACCCCGGAUACACAUCGACGAUCCACAGAUUCAAGUCUGGCAGGAUUCUCGAGUCCCCAGAGAGUUUAAACUGAACUCUGCGCUCGUCAGGAUUGACAUGGUGGCCUCGACGGUUCUGGGAAAGGGGAGAACCAAAGAAAGAGAGAGACUGGCACGAUUUUGCCUCUUACUAUUGCAUUGUUCUUUUAUCCCUAUUGUAUUCUUGGCAGGUCUUGCUCCUACGUUGUUUCUGUUUUCGGCGCGCCCUUAUUGAAGCUUCCUCGACAAUCGAGAUCUCUGAAAGCGGCCUGUUUCGUGCUGCUCCUGCAUCCGGCUCAGUCGAUUCUAGAAGACGCAUAUUUCUUUACUUAUAC